AUGGUCCUGCCACUGAAGAGCUCCAAGGGCGAUAGUGGCAGCACUAUCGCUCCUGAGAAUGACAUUACCCGCUCACGCCCCAAGGACAGAAAGAAGUCGAGUAAGCCAGAUCGCCAGGAGCCUCAGCGGCAGAAGGGGGACUUGGAUGUUCGGAAGCGUCGAAAGGAAAAGCAAGCUACCAAACUUGCAGCCACUAACAAUGCCGCAUCCUCCACGCUCUCCGCCGUCCCUGUGGCUUCUUCCACAACAGCACCCGCAGUGGCUGAUUUGCAAGAUCUGCCGGAGAACAGCAUCGAUGCAUCGCGUGGGGCGAAGCGCCUUCGGCGAAAGGAGCGCAAGGCCCACGCGGCUGCCUUGGCGGCCGCCGAGGUCGCCGUUACCGAAGCUGCCGCCGCCACCAAAGUGGCCACUGAUCAUGCCCAGCCCUCCAAGAAGGACAAGCGAGACAAAAAACACAAGGACCACAUGAAUCAGCAGCAGAAAGACAACAGGAAGGCGUCCACCUCCGCCGGGGGCCUAUCGGCGUCCAGUCUGGCGGAGCUGGCGCGGCAACCAGCCAGCUCGGCCACCGGUGGUGCCAGUGGCGCUCGCGAUCGGACCUUCUCCAUGCCGCUGGCCAACUCCCUGGGAUCCUCUCUGGCCAGGACCCCACUCCGUGCCUUCUCCGCGGUCUCGGCCUCCUCUCCGGCUCCAGUCCAGUCGUCGAGCCGCCAGAAGCUCCCUUCCCCGGAGUCCUCGCCGACGGAGCUGGGCCCCUCGGUGAUCUCCAAACAACACAUGUUGACUUCGCUGGGAGCCGAAUCCAAGAAGCGCUCGUCUACCGCCUCGCCUGGUCCGUCAGAUGUGCCCCGAAAGAGCUCGAAGCUGGACGAGUCUGCUGCUGCUGCUGCUGCUGCUGCUGUGAAUGUGCUGUCCGCUACCACCCCUCUGCUUGAGACGGAAGAUGACUCGGGCCACGAGACCGCCGAUGAGACUACCGAGACCCUGGACGGCACUGUGGCCACAAAUUCUCCGUCGGCCAGCGCUUCCUUUGGCAUCACCACUUCUCCAAUCAUCGAGCAGGGGCUUGCGGAUUGUGAUGUCCCCGGUGUCCAAGCAGGCACCAUGGGUGAGGAGGCCGGGCGAAAGGACCACACGACGGACGCAGAGAUGGAGGCUGACGAGGCCAACGAGGAGGACGAGGAGGACGAGGAGGACGAGGACGAGGAAGAUGACGACGAGGAGGACAGCACGGACGAGGAUGAGGAUGAGGGCACGCCCCCUCCCUUUGUCCUUGGUGACCAGCUGGCCGAUCCCACCUUUGACGCCAUGCUCCAGAUGGAGUCCCAGCCUACCGGCAAUGGGGCCUUCUUUGCGUCACUCGGCACUGUCCCUUCUUUCUUCAGCGGGCUUUUGCCGACGUCGUCAUCGUCGUCAUCGGCCCCGGGUCCCACUUCAACCACCCCGCCCCUAUCUGCCGCCUCAAUCGCGGGAACCAGCUCGGCUGCUCCAGCAUCGAGCCUCGGAUCCUUGUCAGGGGUGACUCCCCUGCCGAUGUUCGGGAAUCUCUCGGGGACCACCGAUGAAAUCGAGUCCAAGACAUCCGGUGUGGCAGCCAACAAGACCGGGGUCGAGUCCAUGUCCAUGGCGCGGACCGAACCUCUCAUUGAGGCGUCUCCGUGUGGGCCAGCAUCCGAACCCGAAUCCAAAUCCGUUCCGACACUUGUGACAGCGGUGGAGAAGUCGAUCUCCACAUUCACAACCGAGGCGGCGCCUGCCUCCGAGAUCGUUUCUGAACCUGCUCCCGAGCCGAUGGCUGUCGAUCCCUCCACGCCUAGAAUGAAGGCCGCGAGUCCGGCCCCGGGGGCACUCUCGGCCUCUUCGCGCGACGCGUCCUUCCCUGUCCGGAUCCUGCUGGCAGGGCGGCGCUUCAUCCUGCCUGUUCGGCCAUCUUGGCCGGUGGCUCAGGUGGCCAAGGUAGCCGCCGAAGUGUAUCUGUCUAUGUACGUCCGGUCGGGUUGCCCGCACCCCCCGCCGUCUGUGCCGGCCUUGCGGGAUCUUUCGGCCGAGUCCCUUCAGACGGUGUAUGAUGUGGUGCUUGCCAUAUCCGAAGAUCGUGCGCCGGCCUUCGUUCAGUGCGUCGACACCUCUUCCUCCCUGUCGCUGGGUAAUUUGGACGCGCUCGACAUCUCGGCUGGCUUCGACUUGCCAGCCGCCGAGCUCAUCGGCGAUCUGGUCGACAAGUACAUGUCCCUGCAGGUGUUUGCCGACUAUGGCACAAUCACCCCGGAGGUGGACACAAAAAAGCGCCGCGCAUCGGAUGCCCAGGCAUUGGAGGAUGAAACGUCGGCCACGAAGCGAACUCGCACAUGUGGUGCCGAGGGCAAAUCGCCGUUCAACUCCGGGCCGAAUUCACUCGUCAACCCCGACUCCAACCCGGCCACCGAUGCGGAUCUCGAUCUGCUUAUCAAUCUCAAUCGGGCUUCGCACAGCAGCGACACCGUGAUCCCGCCAGCUCAAGGGUCUUUCCCAGAGAAGAGCCUUCCUCUGAGUCCCAGCCUGGCACUCAUUCCGAAUGUCGAGGAGGCUAUGGCCCUGGUGCUUGCUCUGAAGCAGGAAACCGACAAAGCUGCCACUCGCGCACUGGAAGCGGAGAACCGACGCAGGCAGAUCGAGCAGGAGAUUGAUGCCCUGCGUCAACGCAUGCAAGGCUCAACCGACGGCGCCAGGGGGGCCACUCCUGAGGCUGUGGCUGGUGGUCCUGCCGCGACAGCCUCCAUCCCUCCAGGGGUUUCGGACCCGGCUCCCGCCGGCCCCGCGAUCACUACUGCCAACGUCGAGGUCGGCCAGGAUGCUGCGCAGUCGUCUGUAUAUUCGCAGCCGAUCCCAUCGCAGUCUCCUUCGCCGCUGCAUGCACAGACAAAUGUCCUGGGUCAGGACUCACGCGCGGCCCAGCCUCGUGUACUGGUCGGCGCCAAUCGCACUCGCACAACCAAGCCGACGGUCGACGAGACCGACUCCGACUCAGACCACGAGCCGAAGGGCUCUGGUCGUGACACCCGCCGACCGGCCUCCUCAUCCACCCCCGCCCUGCAGGGCUCGACACCGGCGGCUCCAGUGGCCCAUAGCAACUCCGGGACCCCAACUGGGCUGCUGAGCACAUUGAUUCAGAAUGCGGGUGCCAAAUCCUUCACAUCCUCCUCUGCAUCUCCGGUGGGGGGGAUCCUGAAUCUUGGCCAGACUUCUCCAUCCCCGACUGAGGGUCCUGCUGGCGCAAAAUCGCCGUCCCUUCUCCAGGAAACCUCACCUCCGAUCCUGAAGCGACCCAGUGUCUCGCCAGUGUCGGGCUCUAAGGCAGUCCCUCUGGUGCCUGCUCGCCUGGUUGCCCCGACCACUUCUGUCCCCCCGCAGGGGGGGGCCUGAGCGGCGGACGUAAGGCGCGGGAAGGCAGGCGCUCGGAAAGCGCGCGGCCUUCUGGCGAUCGCGCCAAAUGCCCCCGGCGUGAUAUAUAGAUCACAUGCGCGGACGAUGCGAUCGGCGCCUCUGUCCCGGGUGGCGGGCGGGGCGGGUUCCGCCCCACUUGGCACCAGGACUGCCGCCGCACAUGUUCCGCGCACACCCUGUCUCUCUCUUCUCUCUCUCCCUCUCUCCCCUUUCCUCGACCCCAUCUAGCGCACAUGCAUGUGUCGUGCACGGCAUUAAUAGACCCCACCUCACAGCACAAGGAGGCCCCUUGUUGGCACA